AUGACGCUGAAUUUUAAUCGUCUUGGUUAUGUUUCACCAUUUAAUCAAACUGCUUGUCUCCUAUGGCAAUUUGUUGAUAAUGGUAUAUGGUAUGGUGCACUUUCAUUAAUGUUUUGGGCAUCAUUUGGUUUAAUAUCGAACGGAAUUUUCAUUCAAUCAUGUGGACAAAUUUAUACUGAAUCAACAAUUCUUUGUGGUGGAAUAUGUUUAUACAUAGAUGCUCCUGUUUGGUUACAAUUGUAUGAUUCAUACAUCGAUUAUAUAUUACCAAUUCUUCUAAUACCUGUUUGCAGUAUAACACUUGUAUGUAGAUUCCUACGACAAAAGCAACGUUUACAACAAAACGUUACAUGGCGUCAAUGUCGAAAAAUGAUCAUUCAAAUAACAUUAAUAUCAACAGUUUAUAUGAUUUUUGAUAUUCCCGCUGUCAUUGUUUUUAUUGUGCAAGUAUCUGGCUAUUCAACAUUUGGAAGUAACAUUUGGUUUCCAUAUUUAGCGCGUAUGACGUUAGUUCCUUCAAUAAUCAUACCAUUUGCUACUCUACUAGCAUUGCCUAAAUUAAAAGACAAACUUCGUAAUUUAUGCUCUUGGAAACAUAAUCAACGAGCUGUUUUUCCAGGCAGUACAACUAAUUGA